AUUCUCUCUCUCUCCCUCUCCCUCUCCCUCUUGCAUAUGCGUCUAUGGCCUCCAUCACCUCCGUCCAAUUGAAUUACCUCGUCUUCCGCUACCUUCAAGAAUCAGGUUUUACACAUUCCGCAUUUGCCUUGGGAUAUGAGGCAGGCAUUAACAAAUGCACAAUUGAUGGGAAUAUGGUUCCCCCUAGUGCUCUUAUUACAUUGGUGCAGAAAGGACUUCAGUAUCUAGAGAUGGAAGCAAACUUGAAUAGUAGUGACACAGAUGUGGAUGAAGACUUCUCCUUCUUGGAACCGUUAGAUCUUAUUACAAAGGAUGUCUAUGAACUCAGGAAAAUUAUAAGAGAGAAAAAGAAAAAUUUGCAAAAAGAUAGAGACAAAGACAGAGAAUUAGAUAAGGACCAUGAAGCUGAGCGUGGACGGGCAAGGGAGAAAGAUAGACAUGAAAAAGAGAAGGAACUUGAAAAAGAUAGGGAACGGAAAGAGAAAGAGAAGGAGAAAGAGAAAGAGAAAGAGAAAGAGAAGGAGCAACCAAAACAUCGGGAAGAUCACUCUGAAAAGGAAAUAACUGCAAAUCAGGAGGUGGAGAGGAACCUUACAAAGCAUGAAGAAAAUGGACCUUCUGGACCUGAACCAAUGGAAAUUUGUACUUCAUCAACUCCUCAGCCAUGUGAGAUUCCUAGUACAGAUGUGACAAUAUUAGAAGGACAUACUUCUGAGGUUUGUGCCUGUGCAUGGAGUCCUGCAGGUUCACUUCUUGCUUCAGGAUCUGGAGAUUCUACUGCUCGGAUAUGGACCAUACCAGAUGGGACCACUAAAUCUAGUCUGCAAAAUGGUACCCCAGACGUGCUGAUAUUGAAGCAUGUAAAGGGUAGAACAAAUGAAAAGAGCAAAGAUGUCACGACCCUUGAUUGGAAUGGGGACGGAACACUUCUUGCAACAGGUUCAUAUGAUGGGCAAGCAAGAAUUUGGACCACAAAUGGUGAACUGAAGACCACUUUGAGUAGACAUAAAGGGCCUAUAUUCUCUCUAAAAUGGAACAAGAAAGGAGACUAUCUGCUCACAGGAAGCUGUGACAAAACUGCUAUUGUGUGGGAUGUCAAGGCAGAGGAAGGGAAACAGCAAUUUGAAUUUCAUUCAGGUCCAACACUUGAUGUUGACUGGCGGAACAAUGUUUCAUUUGCAACAAGCUCCACAGACAACAUGAUAUAUGUCUGCAAGAUCGGAGAGAAUCGCCCAAUCAAAACCUUCGCAGGGCAUCAGGGUGAGGUGAAUUGUGUCAAAUGGGAUCCAACUGGUUCAUUGUUAGCCUCUUGCUCUGAUGACAUUAGUGCGAAGAUAUGGAGCAUGAAGCAGGACAAGUAUGUUCAUGACUUGAGGGAGCAUUCGAAGGAAAUAUACACUCUCAGGUGGAGCCCUACUGGAUCUGGCACAAACAAUCCUAACCAGCAGUUAGUGCUCGCAAGUGCAUCAUUUGAUUCAACAGUGAAAUUGUGGGAUGUUGAAUUGGGGAAACUUAUUUACAGCUUGAAUGGUCACAGGGAACCUGUAUAUUCUGUAGCAUUUAGCCCCAACGGAGAAUAUUUGGCCAGUGGAUCUCUUGAUAAAUCUGUUCACAUCUGGUCACUGAAGGAGGGUAAGAUCGUGAAGACAUACACCGGAAAUGGAGGAAUCUUUGAAGUCUGUUGGAACAAGGAAGGGGACAAAAUCGCUGCGUGUUUUGCAAACAAUACAGUGUGUGUCUUGGAUUUUAGAAUGUGAAAUCUUGAGGGCUUUUCGAGCGUUAGAACUCGGGCAAUCAUCAAGGAAACACUGGCUUUGCCUACUUUGGUUGUCGUGGCCGUGCUUUGCAGGUGUGUAGGUCAUGCAUGUUAACCCUAGGCAGUAGGCUUUCCCCCACUGAUCCUGACCACUUUAUCAUCUUUUCUUGGCAAAUUGUCAGUUUUCUCUUGCAGCAAGAUUGUUUAGUAGGAACCAUGUAUAUAUGUGAUUCACUAAUUGUAACCUUCACAUGGACAAACCUCAAUUGCAAAUGCUUUUAGAUUUGGAUGUUCCCAA